AAGGAGGAGGAGGAGGAGGAGGAGGAGGAGAACCGACGCCGCCGUCUCUGUCGUCGUUGCAGCCGUUCGGCAGUAGCCGGAGGAUUUUUUUUUUCCCCCUUUUUCUUCUUCUUUUUUUUUCUUUUUCUGUUUUUUUUUUCUUCUUCUUCUUCUUUUUCUUCCGCCUCGCCUUCGUUCAAGUUUGGAGAAACCUCCUCGUUUCUGCUUGGUGUUCAGCUGGACAACACCCUAGCUGUUCUGGAGAUGGACUUGCUUUCUGGGACUUACCUCUUGGCAGUCUUACUGGUCUGCGUCGUGUUUCAGUCAGGCGCUCAAGAGAAGAAUUACACCGUGAGGGAGGAGUUACCGGAAAAUGUCCUUAUUGGCAACUUGCUGAAGGAUCUCAACCUGACCCUUGACCCCGAUGUGCCCCUUUCAUCCCCGCUUCAAUUCAAGCUCGUGUACAAGACUGGCGAUGUCCCCCUCGUCCGCGUGGAGGAGAAUACCGGAGAAAUAUUCACCACGGCCAACCGCAUCGAUCGGGAAAAGCUUUGCUCUGGCAUUUUUAGUGAGAACCGUUGUUUUUAUGAGGUGGAAGUCGCGGUUCUUCCUGAUGAGGUCUUCAGGCUGGUCAAGAUUCGAUUCCUGAUUGAGGAUAUAAAUGACAACGCUCCUCUUUUCCCAUCCACGGUCAUCAAUAUCUCCAUCCCCGAGAACACUGCGAUCAAUUCCCGCUAUUCUGUCCCAUCGGCUGUUGAUCCCGAUAUUGGAGUGAAUGGCAUUCAACAUUAUGAACUCCUUAAGCCCAAAACACCUCCGAAACGGACUUUUGGAUCCAUUACAAAUGAACAGGGUCAAAAUGUAUUUGGACUUGAUAUAAUUGAAACACCCGAAGGAGACAAGUGGCCCCAGUUGAUAGUGCAACAAAUCCUUGAUAGGGAGCAGAAGGACACCUAUGUGAUGAAGAUUAAAGUAGAGGAUGGAGGAAACCCUCCGAGAUCCAGCACAGCCAUUCUCCAAGUCACCGUCACUGAUGUGAAUGACAACCGUCCGGUCUUCAAGGAGAAUGAUAUUGAAGUCAGCGUUCCUGAAAAUGCACCUGUGGGCACCUCCGUUUCUCAACUUCAUGCCACUGAUGCCGACUUGGGAUCCAAUGCCCAGAUUCACUUUUAUUUUAGCAGCCAGAUCUCCAGUUUGGCCAAAAGGCUGUUUGCCAUCGAUAAUAUUACUGGUCUUAUCACUGUCAAGGAGCCCUUGGACAGGGAGGAAUCCCCAGUACACAAAUUAACCAUUUUGGCGAGUGAUGGCAGUUCCACACCCUCCAGAGCUACCGUAACAGUGAAUGUCACAGACAUUAACGAUAACAUCCCCUCAAUAGACACGAGGUACAUUAUCAAUCCAGUCAAUGGGACUGUAUUACUGUCCGAGAAAGCACCACUCAAUACUAAGAUUGCCCUGAUAACUGUAAUGGAUAAGGACGCUGAUCUUAAUGGCAAAGUUACUUGCUUCACAGACCACGAUGUCCCCUUCAGGUUAAAGCCGGUGUUUGAUAAUCAGUUUCUCCUGGAAACAGCGACCUUCUUAGACUACGAGGCCACCAGAGAAUAUGCCAUCAAAAUAGUGGCUUCGGAUUCAGGAAAGCCACCCUUGAACCAAUCUGCAAUGCUACUGAUCAAAAUCAAAGAUGAAAAUGACAACGCCCCGGUGUUUACCCAACCCGUGAUCGGGCUCUCCAUUCCUGAGAAUAAUGCUCCUGGAACCCAGCUGACCAAGAUAAGUGCUACUGAUGCCGACAGCGGCCGCAAUGCUGAAAUCAGCUACAUGCUGGGAUUGGAUGCUCCCCCUAUUUUCAACCUGGAUCGCCGUACAGGCAUUCUGACAGCCGUGAGGAAGCUGGAUCGAGAAAAACAAGAUCGCUAUUCAUUCACAGUGCUGGCUAAAGAUAAUGGAAUGCCACCUUUGCAAACCAAUGCAACAGUGACUGUUUCUGUUUUGGACCAAAAUGACAACAGCCCUGCUUUCACGCACAACGAAUACAACUUCUACGUGCCGGAAAAUCUACCUAUGUAUGGCACUGUUGGAUUGAUCACUGUGACAGAUGCGGACUCUGGAGAAAAUGCAAUAGUGACCUUGUCUAUAUUAAAUGGCAAAGAUAAUUUUAUUAUCGAUCCUCUCACUGGAGUCAUAAGGCCAAAUAUUACUUUUGACAGGGAGCAGCAAGGAUCUUAUACUUUUCAGGUGAAAGCAGUGGACGGGGGCAGGCUACCACGCACCUCCACAGCUAAAGUGACUAUCAAUGUUGUCGAUGUGAACGACAACAGGCCUGUUUUUGUCAUUCCUUCCACCAACUACUCCUAUGACUUGGUUCCGAUGUCCGCCAGUCCGGGCUCCGUAGUGACGAAAGUGUUUGCUGUGGACAACGAUACUGGGAUGAACGCUGAGCUGCGUUAUAGCAUUAUUGGUGGGAAUUCGCGAGGGUUGUUUAUGAUUGAUCAGUUAACAGGCAACGUCACUCUGAAGGAGAAAGUCAUCUCAGCAGAUCAUGGGUUGCACAGACUGGUAAUCAAAGUCAAUGAUUUAGGGCAGCCUGAAUCUUUAUACACAAUAGCAUUAGUGCAUUUAUUUGUGAAUGAAACAGUCACCAACGGAUCCUACGUCCAAGAGUUGGUGCGCCGAAACAUGGAAACACCGGUUGGCCAAAACGUCGGGGAUGGAGACAUUACCCCACAAACCAAUGACUAUGUCAAAAUCAUCAUUGCCAUUAUCGCAGGCACCAUGACGGUGAUACUGGUCAUUUUUGUGACAGCUCUGGUACGUUGUCGCCAAACUCCUAGGCACAAAGUGGUCCAGAAAAGCAAACAGAGUGGCGAGUGGGUUUCUCCAAAUCAAGAAAACCGUCAGAUCAAGAAGAAGAAGAAAAAGAAGAAGCGGUCUCCCAAAAGUCUUCUUCUAAACUUUGUGACCAUUGAAGAAUCUAAGCCUGAUGAACCUGGCCACGAACACAUCAAUGGCACCUUGGACAUCCCUGUAGAGCUAGAAGAACAGACUAUGGGAAAAUAUAACUGGGCCACGACACCAACCACGUUUAAACCCGACAGUCCAGAUUUAGCAAAGCACUACAAGUCUGCCACUCCGCAGCCCACGUUUCAGAUUAAACCUGAGACUCCAGUACCACCGAAGAAACACCAUGUCAUACAGGAACUGCCUCUGGAUAACACAUUUGUGGUGGGUUGUGAUUCCCUCUCCAAGUGUUCUUCCAGUAGCUCGGACCCAUACAGUGUCUCCGAAUGCAGCUGUCAAGGAGGGUUUAAGGCUCCUGGCUCUGUCCACACCAGACAGCAUUCAAAAGACGUGGGAAGACCUCAGACUCCAUUAAAAGAGACAAGUCUAGAGUCAUGGACCCAACCACCGUCCCAGCGCCGAGUUACAUUUCAUCUCCCCGAUGGGUCUCAAGAAAGCUGCAGUGACAGUGGGCUGGGAGACCACGAGCCCAGCAGUAACACCAGUAUGACCCAUCCUUUGCCACUGGGUUUCCCUCAAGAGGAGUACUAUGAGCAGACCUCACCCAACAGUCGGACAGAGGGAGAUGGAAACUCAGAUCCGGAGUCCAUUACAUUGUUGGGCAGAAUACAAAGGCAGACUUUCCAUUUUGACUGGGCAUUUGAAGAACCUAAAAAUUGCAGCAAAAUUGACAAAGCUAUUGAGGUGAACCUCCAAAAAGCUCUCACUGAAGCUUCUGAAACCUGCACGCAGGAAUGCCUCAUCCUCGGCCAUUCUGACAAUUGCUGGAUGCCUCCUUCGUUGACACAGUACCAGCAAUCCAAUCCGCCUUUGCCAGCUUUUGGCUUCCAGCAGGGAUGGGUGCGAGGAGCCAUCUCAGAAGGAAGACACACCCUUGGACGGGCCGGUUGCAAGGAGGAUACAGAGAAAGGCCAAGGGGGACCUAGGCCUCAGUUCUACAAUGCCUGUGAUAGACUCUGCACUACUGAAGACCCGGUCAAACUGAUUCCCCUGGCAAACUUCAUACCUCCUGCCCAGGCCGUGCCUGCCUCUGGAAGCAGCACCACUCUGAUCCAUGAGCACCAGCUAUAAAAGGCAUAUCUUGACAAAGCAAGGCUAUUUUGGGCUUUAAACGUGUGAGUGUACAUAGUCACAGCUUAACACAAUUUUUAUUUGUAUGCAAAGCUCCUUAGGUUUGUGGCUAUUGAUGUAUAUAGAAUUCUGAACCCAAGCUGAGAAGCUGAGUUCUUAACAACAAGAGUUAAAAGGAAAUUCAGCUUCCUCACUCGGAAACAAUUAUGCAAACAAACAUCACAAAAUGAAAACAAACAAACAAACAAACAAACAAACCACAAAGGAACGUUGGCAAGAGAAACAAAAAGUGUGUGAUUUCCUCCCUGAAGAGUUGUUCCAAUCAGAUGUUAAGAGUUGGUCUUCUGAGGUAGAAAUGGAACCAUGUUUGGGAGUGAGGUCUACUGCAUGAUGACGGAAGAGAGAAAAUGUCAGAAUGGCUUCUUUUUUGUUUUCAAGUCAUCCGGUCAUCUUGUACAUGAUACAAGCAAACUAUUUAUUAAUAUAUAUUAUGAUGUAAACUUGUAGUUCUGCACAAGGGUAUCUCAACAGGAAAGUCCCCAGAUCUCAUUACGCUGGCUAGAGUUCUAAUGGAGUCGCCUUGUGAAAAGGGAGCUAAAAUAUUGAUAUUCCUCUUGCGGGUCUCAGUGUAACCUGCUUCCACGAUAUCUAGUAUGGUAAAGGGUGGCCUAAAAUAAAUAGAUAAUAAACUGUUCUAUAGAUCUGGAUGCAUGAAAUCACAGUAUUUAACGGAAGGUCAAUAGAGACCAUUGAUGAGCUGAGCUGACAUUUCUUAAAUGAUCUUUCUUUUAAAAGAAAAGAUAACACCUUCAGAAUUUUAUUUAUGAACCUUUUAGGAAAAAAGUCCACUUGGAAGAGGAUUCUUUUGCACAAACUCUACACCGAGGCAGUGGUGGUAUUCAGCCGGUUCUAUACAGUUCGGGCAAACCGGUAGGGGCAACGGUGGGAUGCCCCGCCCACCUGCGUGAACAUCAUGAUGUCCCAUUUUUCCACGUUUUCGAGGCUCUGCGCAUGUGCAGAAGGCCUUGUGCGUGCACACACAUUUGCGAACUGGUAGGGAAAGUAAGUGAAUACCAACCCUGCAUUGAGGCUUCACUUUUCCCCCCACAAUGCCCUGACCUAAAUGCCUCAUGCGGUCCAUGAACCCCCAGAAUCUUCAGACAGAAGUUCCAGAGAUCUCAAUAUAUAUAUAUAUAUAUAAAAUACCAAAUUUAUAUUUCACUGAUAAAGAAAUAAAGGGAGAUUAGUAUAGAUCUAUUUCAAGUUAUUUAGCUCUCAUCAGAGAGCUGCUGGAUUGGAGCUGAAAGGUAAAAGAGAGCAGUAUGCUCCCUCCCACAUGUUGGGGUAGACCAGGUGCCUCGAUAGAAGGGAAGCAGUAUGCUCCCUCCCAUAUAGAACAAUAGAUCUGGCUUUUCAGCAGAUAUUCUAUGCCAGUCAGGGGGAAGCUUGGUAAAAUUCUCCUCUUAAUUUCCAAAACCCACAGUCGGGAUGAGGACUAUCAAGAAACAUAUGCACGCAUUACUUUUAACAUGCAUUCUGUCAGGUCUUCUGGAUGGCUUUGGACUUUUUGCUUAGUUUGGCGUUUUCUGAUAUUGGACACUGCAAAGACCUCUUGAGGAGGAAAAGGUACCUUAACGUAGUAAAAAAGCUAUAUUGUGUCUCUGUCUCCUCCAACGAUGGAGAAUCAAUAGAUGAUGUUGUAUAGUGUUCCUUCGGGAAAACUAUCGCUGAGAAACUAAUGCUGAGCCAAAAGAAGGAAGAGGAAGCCCUCCCCAUAUUCUUAGGGCAUAUUCUUAGACAGGAGAUUCCAGGGACAUAGGCAUUAUCCAAAGCAGAGAGGAGGUAUUCAUUUCCCAAAUGAAUGUUUUCUGAGAAGUUUGGAGUCAUCAAGGAAUAACCAGAUCCGCGGUUAAUAGGAAUAGAUGAGGACGGUUGAAGCUAUCAAACGGACUAGCUGUGAUUACGAACUAUGAUUCGCAAAGAACUUUAAAUAAACUUUACAUCUGGAUCGGUUACGUGAUAUAUUGCAAUAGGGGUAGGGUCACGCCAUGUCACGGAGAGGAAAAACAAAAAACCCUGAAGCAGUUAGAGAAACAUCAGUAAGAGCAACCAAAGACAAAACCCUAACCUGAACGUUUUGCAAUUAAAAAAAGAAAGAAAGACGCAACAUAGCAAAGCAGAGGAAAAAAAAUUGUCCUUUUGGGCAGUCAAAGCAUCAUAGUACAGUCCAAUAUUGUCCACCUUUCUAUCCAUCUUAGAAUAUUGCUCAUAUCACAUGGUAUCCUUCAUUUCGGAGAGAUAAUCUACAAAAAUCUUUCUAACAUGUGUCAUUAUUGUGCAGGCUCUGUUUCAGCAGGUUCUGACCAGUUUUGGAGAACCGGUAGCGGAAAUUCUGAGUAGUUCAGAGAACCGGUAGUAAAAAUUCUGACUGGCCCCACCCCAUCUCUGCCUCCCAGAUGAUCCCAGAUGAUCGGGAAGAAAUGGGGAUUUUGCAGUAUUGUUCCCCUGAAGUGAGGUGAGAAUGGAGAUUUUACAGUAUCCUUCCCUUGCCACGCCCACCAAGCCAUGCCACACCCACCAAGCCACGCCCACAGAACCGGUAGUAAAAAAAUUUGAAACCCACCACUGCUCUGUUUCCAUCUACACUUAACAAAGUUGAGCAGAAACUAGAUAAGUUUCUGGCCCUUCAGGCUGGGCCUUCGCGAUGGCUUCCUAUGGGAUCCAGAAAUCUAAUUUUUAUAUAUUUAUUUUUAAAUUAUAUUGAGAUUUUCCCCCGAGAAAAAAGAAUUCACAGCUACUUGGGGAAGCCAUGGGUGACAGUGGAGACACACGGAUCCAUUCUUUCUUUCACCAGAACCACUUGUUGAGAUGGGUGGCUGUAGAAAUUAAAUCUUGUGAAGAAUGCCCAAAUAGGAUUAAUGCCCCUCAUAAAAUUGAUGUGCAAUCAAUAAUUCUUGUCAGCAACUGGAGCAGUCUUCCAUAUCACUCAAACAAAAUAGUGUAUUGCACGUGGGUGGUAAAUUACAGUUCCCAAUAAAGUAACGCGGGUGAUGUUAAGAUGAAUUGCCCAUUCCUGUAGGUUCGACUUUAUAAAUCCAUACAUUACUCACUAAACUAUUUAGGUAAAGAAACUCUUUUAACUUGCUGAAGGAGACCCAGAAGCAAAUUGCCAAUAUCAAUUUAAAGAAUGAGAGAGCUGGGAAACAGAUGUUCAAUUCAUAUAAUUAGGAGGAGUCCUUGGUGCUCUCUGAGCUUGGUUGUUUUCAUGCAGAUGUUUCAUGACCCAAACUAGGUAACAUCGUCAGGGGUAGUAAAAAGUGGGUUUCCUCUUCAGUUUAUAAUCUAGUGGCUCUAGAACAGGGGUGUCAAACUCGAUUUCAUUGAAGGCCGCAUCAGGGUUGUGUUUGACCUUGGGGGGUGGGUGGGCAAGGGGACAUGGCCAGGGGGAGCAUAGCUAGCUUGACGUCACUCGUGUUGGGGGUGCAUUUGGUGGACCGGGCACUCUGCCAGGAAAAAUGGGCUCCCGAGCUCCGUUUUUGGCUGCCAUGGCCUCCUGCAAUCCUUUGCCAUUGAAAACUCACAAGGCCCUCCCAGGGAUGAAAUGCUACCAGUUCGUUCCGGUUCGGGAAAACCGGUAGUGAUAAAAACAGCUGUGCCACGCGAUCAUCAGAACCUUUUUUAUACUUUUUAAAAGCAUUUUUUUUACUACCGGUUUGGGCGAAUAGGUACUUAAAAUGUUUUUAAAAAGUAAAAAAAAAAAAAAGAGCUGGCCACGCCCACCCAGUCACAUGACCCCACCACCAAGCCACACCCACCAAGCCACACCCACACAACCAGUAGCAAAAAAAAAUGCAUUUCAUCACUGGGCCCUCCCGAGCUCCAUUUUUGCUGGAAAAGGCAUCGCAGGCCAGUCCUUCAUUGUUUCCAGAGCAGCCCCCAUGGACCAAAUCUAAUUUGAAUUUGAGUUUGACACCCCUGCUCUAGAAUAUAAACUGAGAGCAGCAAACCCACUCCUUAUUAGCACUGAUGAUGUUACCUAGUAUGGGUAAUGAAAUGUCAAGCUCAAAGAGCACCAAGGACCCUCCCUCAUUUCAACUCCGAGCCACAAAUAUUCUCCUUUACUGAUGUAAUUAUGAAGCACCUCAUAUUAAAUUAUUCUGUAUGAAUUCAGGGUGACGUCCCAGGAUGGAUUAGACAUAUCACGAUCCCAUCUUUCCAUGCCAUUCCAUUCCAUUCUAUUCCAUUCCAAUCUAUUGGAGUGAAUACUUAGCAAAUUCUAUACCCAUAUUAAAAGCUGCGUUCGUUCCUCCAUUAAACUCACUUAGCCUUCUUUCAUUUUCUCCUUAGCUCUUGAUUCAUGCAAUCUGGUAUUUUCUACAACCAAAUAACCUGUUUCUUUAACGCAGUCAGGUACUUUUCCCAACUCCGACUUUUAACCAUAUAAAGACAAUCAGUGUGAUGGGAAAAGGAAGCAAUAGAUGGUGCUUAGAAUGAACAAGCCAACAAACAAGAACCAACACGAUGGGGAUACCAGGUUGUUUCAUUUUUAAAUGUUACUUAAAAGCUGUAAUUUGUGAAGAAAAAAAAUAUUUGUAUGUACAAUUACUGUAAUAUAAAACUGCUUGUAAAUUUAUAGAAUUUCCCAUUGUCAAAGAUCUCAAUGAAUGCUGAAAAAAAAAAAAAACUUCAUUAUGCACCCAGCAGGUAUAAGUAGCUUUAUAUAUUGUUGUUCCCACUGUUAAUCAAUCCAGAACACGUUUUGCUUAAUGUGUAAAAAAGGAAGAAAAAAAUACAAGAUUUGCUUUCUAUCUUUCUUUUUUUUUUACCUUCUGAUGGUAUUUAAUUCAUAAAUCCACCAGCUAUCAAAUUGUGUAGCUAUUCCUAAUUCCACUAUUUUUUUUUUUAGAUGAGACAUUGGAGCAUUUAAAUUCAGAUGUGUAUAAAUUGUGAAGUACAUGUUAAUCAUGUAGCCUCUGACACAGUCACUCACUGCUAAUUCAAGCACAGUUAAGAGUUUGAUAAAUUAAUCUGGAACUCAUCAAUAUUGACAAACCUUCCCUGAUUUUUAAGGGUUAGAAAGGGUUUGAUCUGCACACCAAGCCUUUUAUUUUGCUUUAAGGAUGGUAUCUACCAUAACUCUAACUGUGCUUGCUUGUGUGUUUGUGUGUGCUUGUGUGCAUAGGGAUCCAUGCUCACAGUAAAGGGUGAAAUAGCAAUAGCACUUAGAUUUAUAACCCGCUUUAUAGUAUAAGCGGUUUACAGAGUCAGCGUACUGCCCCCAACAAUUUUCCUCCUCAUUUUACCCACUUUGGAAGAAUGGAAGGCUGAGUCAACCUUGAGCCUGGUGAGAUUUGAACUGCUAAAUUGCAGGCAGCCGGCACUCAGCAGAAGUAGCCUGCAGUACUGCACUCUAACCACUAAUUGCCCCACCGUGGCUCAAAUAUGCUUUCUUUUGCUUUUUUAAAACUCACCUUGUAAAGGGGAUAAAAUUCAUCCAAGUACAGUUCAUAUCAAUUCCCCUCUUUCCAAAAGGACAUAUCUUAAUCUUAGCCAGUAUGGAGUAACAGGGAUUGGAUUCUAAGCAGACGCUAUUCAAUGAACUCUACAUCAGUUGGUGAACUGACCUUCUUCUUUAUGGUAAAAUCAGAACAUAUAUUCAAAUAUCCCUGAGGAGUGGGUGCAAAAUUCUGAAUACAGACUAACAGAGUUGCAAGGAACCUUUAACAGAUUAAUAGAGUUGGAAGGGACCUUGUAGGUCAUCUAGUCCAUCUCCCCACCCAAGCAGGAGACCCUACAUCAUUUCUGACAAAUGCCAGUCCAAUCUCUUCUUGAAAGCCUCAAGUGAUGAAGCUCCCACAACUUCAGAAGGCAACUUCUGUUCCAUCGAUUGAUUGUUCUCACUUUCAGAAAGUUCCUCUUUAUUUCUAGGUUGAAUCUCUCCUUGGUCAGUUUCCAUCCAUUAUUCCUUGCCUGGCCUUCAGGUGCUUUAGAAAGUAGCUUGACCCCUUCCUCUCUGUGGCAGUCCCUUAAAUAUUGGAACGCUGCUAUCAUGUCUCCCCUGGUCCUUCUCUUCUCUUCACUAGACUAGCCAUGCCCAGUUCCCUGCAACCGUUCAUCAUAUGUUUUAGCCUCCAGUCCCCUAAUCAUCCUGGUUGCUCUCCUCUGCAUUUUUUCUUGGAGGUCUUUUAGUCCAACCUUCUGUUCAAGCAGAAGACCCUAUACCAUUGCAAACAAAUGGCUGUCCAAUCUCACCUUAAAAACCUAAAGGCAAGACUUUCCAUUGAUGGGUUGUUCUAACUGUCAGGAAAUUUCUCUUCAGUUCUAGGUUGUAUCUCUCUUUGAUAAGUUUCCAUCCGUUACUUCUUGUCUUGUCCUCAGGUGCUUUGGAGAAUAGGUCUUUCUGUGACAACCCUUCAAAUGUUGGAAGACUGCUACCAUGUCACCCCCUAGUCCUUCUCUUUGUUAGAGUAGACAUUCCUAGUUCCCUCAACUGUUCAUCAUACGGUUUAGCCUUAAUGAUUUAUUUUUCAGAGUUUGUGCAAUCUAUCAGACACUGACCCUUGCGCAGACAGGAGAAAUCAACAGUCUGUAGAAAAACUUCCUUCCAUUAAAAGAAGAAGAAAAAAACCCCGCUAUCACGAAGAGCACUUGUGUACAUCUAAUCAUAACGGGGGUCUGAGCAAUUCAAACCCUCCCCCCAAAAACAUGCUAUCCAACAAUGCCAACAAACUUUGUUAGUCUGGCGUAUUUGACUUCCCGUGAGCAUAGAGGCUCUGCCUUCUGAAGUCAGGCAUGAAGGUAGCAAGACUUUUAAAUCAUUGAUAUAAAAAAUAUAGCUUUCUUCUAUUCAUUUGUACAGCUGAAGCCUUGGAGUAGUUUUUAGCCAUCCAUCAGAAUUAAGUGGUUCUAUUUCCCAAUGGCGAAUUCAGAGUGCUGCCACGGAAAAUCAAUGCGAAAAAACUUUGGAGUUCACAUGUUUGAAACUCAUCAUGGUGCCUGUUAUGGCUUGCCAUUGUUGAUGAGAAACUUAUCUUGAACUACGUGGCAUAUGGCUAUAAAAACAUCAGUAGAUGUUACAGAUUUUUAUGGCUUAAAAGAAGAAUUUAACAUAUAUCUAAAAUCAUUUCAGGGGGUGGGGGGGAAUAUACAACUGGUCCUCAACGUACGACCACAAUUGAAUCCAAAAAUUUAUGUUGCUAAGGGAGAGUGGUUAAGUGAAUUUUGCCCCAUUUUAUGCCCUUUCUUGUCAUAGUUGUUAAGUGAAUCACUGCAAUUGUUAAAAUGGUAAUUCUGCUGUUCAGUGAAUCUGGCUUCCCCAUUGUCUUUGCUUGUCAGAAGGUUGUAAAAGCCACAUGACCCCAGAACACACACAGACACACACACACAUAUAAAACAAUGUCAUGAUAAGUUCACCAUUGUCUUCAUGAUUCUGUACAAAGGGUGUUGAAUACCUACGAUUGCCCAAUGAACUUUAUUAAAUUUGAAUCCAUCUCACCAUAUACAUAUUGUUACGGUAUACAUUUAUUCCUCUCUCUAGAAAUCAUAGAUUUUAGACUGAUCUGCAAAUCACUCCACACGAUGACUAAGAACUUGACUAAGUUCUUAGUCAGGACUAAGAGAUGACUAAGAGGUUGCAGGGCACUCUUUAACUAAGAAGAUGUGAUUUAAUCAAAUAAAGCCACAACUGCUCAGAAACUACCCCAUUCAAUUUUAGGAAGAUUAAAAAAAAAAAAAAAGCAGAAGAGAAAUCCAUGUUAUUUAAAUAGCUGUCUCUUUGCUAAAUAGCCAGAAGUGUGUAAAAAUGUAUGUUGUAACAACAAAUAGGCCCUUUUAGCUUAAGAAGGUAGAAAGUUGUUGUUAGUCCAUCAAGUUCAUUGUUUUUUCUCUCCAAUGGCUGGAAUAGAUCUCUCCGAGACCUUUUCCAUUACUUGAUAGUAAGAAUUUUUAGAAGUGGUGAUAUGACAGUAUGGUCCUAAGACUUUCUAAACAAGCAUGUAGUAUAUUACUUAAUAAGAACAUGGAGAACUUUGGCUAGCUGAUAAUGAAUGUGACGCUACUUAAGUUGAACUCAAGUUGUGCAUUCAGACGUCGCUCCCUGUUGAUGUUCAUCACAUGUUUAAAAAAAUGUAUUAUUGAAAAUAAUCUGUAAAUCCCCUUAUAUUAUGAUAUAUUGCCUAUUAAUACCUGUACAUUAAGAGCAAUGCAUAUUAAUAUACAUAGAAACCUUCAUGUAACUGGGCAACCAAACUACUCUCAGUAUUCAAAUAGCACUCAUUCUCCUGCCUUUUUUUGAUGUUCCGAUUGUCGUCAUUGUUUCAUCGUACUAUGGAUCCAUUGGGAAUUUGGCAGCUAAGUGUUCAGACUUUUAUUACUUUGCAUUGCUUCUCUCUUUGCCUUGGAAAUUCCUGUACACAUUUGGAAGAAGAGUAAAGUAAAUUUUUAUUAUUUACUCAUGCUAUUUGGUUAGUUGCUGGGCAGGAGAGGAAACUGUAUGCAUUGUACAACAAACUAAACCUCACAUCAUGCAAACUGCAUGCAUUCCCAUGCAAGCGAGUGGUAUGUACACUUGCAUUUAGGACGGACACUAUGUAUGAAUUGCCCACCAAAGAAAGUUGUGCGUAUGUGUGAGUGAGUGAGUGAGUGAGUGAGUGAGUAUAUGUCAGCCGAGAGCGACUUAGUGCCACCUUUUCACUUAUUCAUUUCUUCUCUUCUAAUUGGGAACAGAUAGAGAAAGAGGAAAAGAUUCCAUCUUAUGAACAAAGUGUCAUAUUAAUAUUUUUUUUUGAAGCAUAUGUAAGGGAAAAAACACACAUCCAAUUAAGACAGAAAGACUCCAUUUAUUUUAGUUGACUCAUAAGUCCAUGAGCCUCACUUGAUUUAUUCUGCUUAUUUGUUAGAAGAAUCUAUGAAGUCUGUUUCUGUAAAAUGCUGUCAAAACUGCAUCUAUUUAAGGGUGAAUUUGUGGCAUUCGCCGCAAAUCGUGGACAAGCCUGUACUAAUUGACAAAUAGCGCUAAAGCAAGGGAAGAUUAUUCUCACCUUUGAUUCUUCGCGCCCAUUUUAUUUUGUUUUAAAGACCGUCUUUAAAAAAUGGACUAAAGAAAUGUCCCUUCCUUUCCGAAGGAGCUUCCUUCUGAACUGCGAAGAAUCUCCUGCAGAAAAGAAAAGCAAUAGGAAUCCAAAAAGACACCAGACUAUUUGGUGGCUUGACGAUGAGAUUUAAUUUAAUUGGAAAAAAAAAAAAAAAAGCACAAAACUCAGAAUCUUGAUAAUCUCUUGAUUGUGUUGUGCUACUCCACCUCCCAGCAAUUAUUUUUAAUUAUUGUCUUCCUUGAAUCCAAAUCAAUUUAAUAUAUUUUGGAACCUGUGUAAUGUUUAAGACAUUAUUAAAGUUGGGGGAUGAGGCAGGGGGGAAAUGUAAUAUUUUAGCACUCCAUUCCACAACGCACUGUGUACCUUAACAAAAAAUAUGUGAUGAAUUGAUAAAAGGAGGUUUUUUUUUCUUCCCCACCAACCUUUAAGGGUUCAGAGGGUAAGGAAACAUUUGUGUACUGAAAUUACCAUGAGUUUUAUAACAAACUUAUCCCUAUGCAAUCAAAGAUCCUUUAAAAAAAAAAAACUACUACUUUGGAAUUGGUGCUCAUCAGAUUAUGGUCUGGUCUCCUCACUUUAAAACGAUGAGUUGGGUUUUGUGAUCGUUUCAUAGGUCAAAGAAACCGUUUGGCAAACACGAAAAGAAGGAAAUGAUGCAUAUCUCAUGUUAACCCUAAGCCAGAAAGAUAAUUGAAAACCUUUUUUGUAAAUAUCUGUAUUUGAGUUCGUACUUCAGGGAGAAUUUUUUUUUUCCUCACUUUGUGGCAUACUAAAGGAUUUGAAAGUGAUUAAGUCUGUGUAUUUGUAUUUAAACCUACCCUAAUCAACACUCUAGUAUCAGGCUAUGGACACAUCAUAUGCUCUUAAGUCCAAUAGCACUGGAAAUCCAGUUAAACCCCUGUAGUUCUCUUUCAGGUUAUGUACAGCAUGUUGUCUUGUUAAUUAAGCUGCUUAUUAAUAAAAUUAGAGCCACAAAAACA